UUUGCUCCGUAACGGCGUGGCGGCAAUUUUUGGACCGCAGAGCGCGCACACGGCGUCUCACGUGCAAAGCAUUUGCGACACCAUGGAAAUUCCACACUUGGAGACACGCUGGGACUACCGGCUUAGAAGGCAGAGCUGUCUCGUCAACCUCUAUCCACACCCUACCACUUUGUCCAAGGCGUACGUCGAUCUGGUGAAGGCCUGGGGCUGGAAGAGUUUCACCAUUAUCUACGAGAACAACGAGGGGCUCGUGCGAUUGCAGGAACUUCUGAAAGCGCACGGACCCAGCGAAUUUCCCAUUACGGUCAGACAGCUGAGCGAGGGAUCGGAGUAUCGACCGCUAUUGAAGCAAAUUAAGAACUCUGCGGAGUCGCACAUUGUGUUGGACUGUUCUACCGAAAGGAUCUACGACGUGCUGAAACAGGCGCAGCAGAUCGGAAUGAUGAGUGACUAUCACAGUUAUCUUAUCACCUCCUUGGACUUGCAUACCGUCGACUUGGAAGAAUUUAGACACGGAGGGACCAAUAUCACGGCCUUCCGAUUAGUGGAUCCGGAAAAGCCGGAAAUCCAGAAGGUAAUCCAGGACUGGAUCUACGGUGAGAAGCGUUACAAUCGCGAGCUCGACAUGGGACAAAACAGCAACAAGAAUAAUCUCACCACUAUAAAGACUGAAACAUCUUUGCUGUAUGACGCCGUCCAUCUCUUCGCCAAGGCGUUGCACGAUCUCGACACGUCCCAGCAGAUCGAUAUCAAGCCGUUAUCCUGUGAGUCUACCGACACCUGGCCUCACGGUUAUUCACUCAUAAACUACAUGAAGAUCGUUGAAAUGACUGGGCUUACGGGUAUUAUCAAGUUCGACCACCAGGGCUUUCGCUCCGACUUCGUGCUAGACAUCAUCGAGCUGAAUAGCAAAGAGGGCUUGAAGAAAAUCGGUACCUGGAACAGUACCAAGGGUAUCAACUUCACGAGAAGCUACGGCGACGUUUACACCCAAAUAGUUGAAAACUUGCAGAAUAAGACUUUCAUCGUGACGACUAUACUGAGCGCGCCAUAUUGCAUGCGGAAGGACUCGAGCGAGAAGCUCAGCGGAAACGCGCAAUUCGAAGGCUACAGCGUCGACUUGAUUUACGAGAUAUCGCGGCUGCUUGGAUUCAAUUAUACGUUCCGGCUUGUGCCGGACGGACGUUACGGCUCGUACAACAAGCAGACGAAGGAGUGGGACGGGAUGAUGAAGGAGUUGCUCGAUCAGAAAGCCGAUCUCGCGAUCGCCGAUCUCACCAUCACGUACGAUCGAGAACAGGUUGUGGACUUCACGAUGCCGUUUAUGCCCCUAGGGAUCAGCAUACUUUACCGCAAACCCAUAAAGCAACCGCCGAAUUUGUUCUCGUUCCUCAGCCCGCUCAGCCUCGACGUUUGGAUCUACAUGGCGACGGCUUAUCUCGGAGUCUCCGUGCUCCUCUUUAUACUCGCCAGGCAACACGUGUCUGAAAUAAUUGAGUUUAGAUUCACGCCGUACGAAUGGUACAACCCGCAUCCAUGCAACAAAAAUCCAGAUUGCCUGGAGAAUCGCUUCAAGCUCCGUAACUGUUUGUGGUUUACCAUUGGCUCUCUAAUGCGGCAGGGUUGUGACAUUCUGCCCAAGUUCAGCCCCUACGAAUGGGAGAACCCUCAUCCGUGCAACGGGCAGUCCGAGGUCGAGAACGAGUUCACCCUGCUGAACUCGCUCUGGUUCACCAUAGGCUCGCUCAUGCAGCAAGGCUCCGAUAUAGCGCCGAAGGCCGUUUCAACUCGCAUGGUCGCGGGCAUGUGGUGGUUCUUCACGUUGAUCAUGAUCUCCUCGUACACGGCUAAUCUCGCGGCUUUCCUCACCGUCGAGAGGAUGGAUUCACCGAUCGAGAGCGCCGAGGAUCUCGCUAAGCAGACGAAGAUUAAGUACGGUGCUCUCAAAGGUGGCAGCACAGCUGCCUUCUUUAGGGAUUCCAAUUUCUCGACGUACCAACGCAUGUGGUCCUUCAUGGAUUCAGCGAAGCCGACGGUAUUUACAUCAAGCAACGUCGAGGGCGUGGAACGAGUGAUCAAGGGGAAAGGCAGUUACGCAUUCCUGAUGGAAUCCACCUCCAUCGAAUACGUAAUCGAGAGGAACUGCGACCUCACUCAAGUCGGCGGUCUCUUGGACUCCAAGGGAUACGGCAUUGCCAUGCCACCGAACUCGCCAUACAAAACGGCCAUAAGCGACGCCAUCCUGAAGCUGCAAGAGGAGGGAAAGCUUCAUAUGCUGAAGACGCGUUGGUGGAAGGAGAAACGAGGCGGCGGAUCCUGUAGGGACGACACGUCGAAGAGCAGCUCGGCGGCGAACGAACUCGGUCUGGCGAACGUCGGCGGUGUCUUCGUGGUGCUGAUGGGCGGUAUGGGCGUCGCCUGCGUGAUCGCCGUCUGCGAGUUCGUGUGGAAGAGUCGGCAGGUAGCCUUGCACGAUCGGAAGUCCGUGUACUCAGAAAUGGCGGACGAAUUGCGAUACGCUUUGGACUGCGGCAACGGAAAUAAAAAGCCGUCGAGGAAAACGUUUUGUCGACGUCAAGGGCAACAAUCGAGCUUGUCGAUCGUCUCAGAGGAGAACAAGUACAUGGCGUGCAACAAGUACAGACAUUUUGUCGGGAAAGCACCUCUGACAUAUAUAAUAAUUACAGCGGGGCUAUUCGAUCAAGAUGACGAGAUUCAAAGAACGUUCAAAUCGUCAAUAAAAGCAGUAAAUAGGGAGAGGCAUGAGAAUGAGGAGCUAUCGAAUGUGUUUUUAGAAUCUAAAAUUAACGAGAUUGAAGAUGAUCCUUUUGAAGCGUCAUCAAAAGUAUGUGAAAUGAUUAGUUUUGGAGUAGUUGGCAUUUUCGGACCUCAGGAAAAAAUUACUGCUGAUUAUAUACAAAGCGUAUGCGAAGCAAUGGAAGUGCCGUAUAUCUCUGUCAGACAAGAUUCUGCAUCUCACACAUCUUACCCACGUGGGUUAGGACUAAACUUAUACCCGCAUGUGAGCUCGUUGUCACGAAUAUACGAUCAACUUGUAACGGACUUUGAAUGGAAAUCGUUUGCAAUAUUGUACGAGAAUACCGACAGUCUGAUUCGCUUGCAUCUUCUGUUAAAACGAUGGGACGCCCAAGGCAAUUCCAUGUUCGUGUAUCAUUUGGGUAACGGACCGAACUAUAGGAAAGGGAUGCAAGCCAUCAAAGAAUCGGAACUCGAAAACAUAAUUAUUGAUUGUUCGUACGACAUACUCGCCGAGGUUCUCAAACAAGCACAACAAGUUGGGAUAUUGUCUGAAAAGCACAGAGUGAUCGUGACUUCUUUGGAUCUGCAAACUUUGGACUUGGAGCCAUAUCAAUAUUCCGGCGUCAACUUCACCGGUUUGCGCCUGAUUGACCCUGAAGAUCCGAUAGUGAAUCAAACUUUCAAGAAACACAAGAAUGAAUGGGGCCUAGAUGCUUCACAGUUGCGAGUUGAACCAGCUCUCAUGUACGACGCGGUGCAGCUGUUUGCGAGAGCUUUCAAACAACUCAAAGACGCUACCAGAGGCGACAUCAAGAAACUGCCGUGUGACGGUAGUGUUAGAUGGGAACACGGGCUCAGUUUGAGCAACUUCAUGCGAUCGACCGAAACGAUAGGUUUGACUGGUCUCGUCAAGUUCGACAGAGAUGGCUUUCGCAGUAACAUACGCUUAGAUAUUGUGAGAUUAACUGAAUCCGGUUUGAAAAAAAUCGGUGAAUGGAAUAGUACAAAAGGAAAUAAUAUCGAUUGGUUGCCAGAAAAAGGCAAAAAGACAGAUAUCGAAUUGAGCUUGCAAAACAGAACUUUCAUAGUUCUGAUAUCACUCACAGCUCCUUACGGUAUGGAAAAAGAAUCAUCGACGUCGUUGAUUGGCAAUGAUCGCUACGAAGGGUUUGCGAUUGAUAUUAUACAGCUUUGUAGCGAAAUAUUGGGCUUUAAUUAUACGUUUCAAGUCGAGCCGGAUUAUGGCUCAAAAAAUGAAAUAACUGGAAAAUGGUCCGGUAUGCUCGGAAAAAUUAUGGCUGAUGAAGCAGAUCUAGCUAUAACAGAUUUGACGAUAACCUCCCAAAGAGAAGAAGCUGUCGAUUUUACGAUGCCGUUCAUGAAUUUAGUUAAGUUUAUUCUAUACACGAACUUAUAUGUAUGUAAUUUUGCAGGAAUCAGUAUUCUUUUCAGAAAGCCGACCAAGAUGGCACCCAGUUUAUUUUCCUUUUUAAGUCCGUUUUCCAACGAAGUAUGGUCUUACUUGAUCGGCGCGUAUAUCAUAGUUUCGCUAUUGCUUUUUAUUAUCGGGAGAAUGUGUCCCGAAGAAUGGAAUAAUCCUUAUCCUUGCAUCGAAGAUCCUGAAACGCUCGAAAAUCAAUUCACUAUGAAGAACUCUUUUUGGUUCGCGAUAGGUAGCAUCAUGCAACAAGGCAGUGAAAUAGCACCUAUAGGUAUCUCUACGCGCAUGGUUGCUGGAUCAUGGUGGUUCUUCUGCCUCAUAAUGGUUAGUUCGUACACUGCUAAUUUGGCAGCUUUUCUGACUGUCGAAACGGUAACUUCGCCGUUUGACAGCGUAGACGAGUUAGCCAAAAAAAAAACGAUCAAGUAUGGCGCAAAAUUGAAAGGAUCGACGCUCAAUUUCUUUAAAGAAAGCAACUACUCGGUAUAUAAGGAGAUGUAUGAUACCAUGAUGGAAAAUGCGAAGGAUGUUUUACCGGAAAGCAAUGUAAAAGCUGUGGAAAAAGUCAAACAAGAAGAGUAUGCGUUUUUGAUGGAGUCCAGUUCAAUCGAAUACAUAAUGGAACGCGAAUGCAAUGUAACCCAGAUAGGCGGCUUGUUAGACGAAAAAGGGUAUGGCAUCGCUAUGAAAAAACAUUCGCCAUACAGACACAAUUUGAACAGUGCAAUUUUGAAGCUAUCAGAGGCAGGUUUAAUCACUGAACUCAAAAAGAAAUGGUGGACAGAAAAACGCGGUGGUGGAAGGUGUCGAGAAAAUGGUGGAGCUGGUUCAGCAGAAGAAUUAAAUCUCGAUAAUGUUGGCGGCGUAUUUUUAGUGCUCAUGGUAGGCGUUGCUCUGUCCACUGUAUACACCGUAAUUGAGUUACUUUGGGAAAUUGCCCACACGUCGAUUCGAGAAAACGUGUCGUUUAAAGAAGAAUUAAUAGACGAACUCAAAUUCAUCGCACAGUGUAGUGCCUCAAAGCCAGUGCGAAGAAGAAAUGGAUUAUCCAACAAAAGUGACAGUACGAGAGGGUGCACUCCCCCGUACGGUUUUAUACCGACAGUAAUAAGAACGUCGCCAACCGACGACGCAUAACGUUCGAACGAGUUUUGAAUAACAACGAUGAUGUUAUCGUACGUACACCGAUUUACUACUUUGUUGUUCAUACUUGUGUCGGAUAAAUUUUCAAACACGCA